UACCCAGUUAAAUAAAGAUGUAUACUAUAAAUCAUAUGAUCUAACUAUAUGUUUCGCCUUGAUGUGUCUACAGGGGACAGAGGAACUGCAGUCCUGCUCACCAAACAGGACAACGAGGACUUCACCAUGAACUGUCACAUCGAUGACAUGGAGAACCAGGUUGAGAUGGAGGAGAAGACGAGGCUCAUCAACCAGGUGCUAGAGCUACAACACACACUGGAAGACCUGUCAGCACGUGUGGAUGCGGUCAAAGAGGAGAACCUGAAGUUGAAGUCGGAGAACCAGGUUCUAGGCCAGUACAUCGAGAACCUCAUGUCGGCCUCCAGCGUGUUCCAAACCACCGACAACAAGAGCAAACGGAAGUAACCCACAGCGACCAAGGGGAGUUGAGACCACCUACAAUAGCCUGGUAGCAGGUCUGUUUGUGCCGACACAAACCGUAGGCAUGAUGGCACAGACAGACUGGCACUCAGGCUACCUGCAACAUCUCCUCUCCCUAAUGACAGCAGAGGGGGUAGAAGAUGUUUGACCACAGUUCUAGGGACAGAUAUGUGCGUGUUCCAAAUGGCAGAUUAUUUCCUAAGUAGUGCACUAUGUAGUGUACAGAAUGCCAUAAGCUCUGGUUAAAAGUAGUGUACUAUGUAGGGAAUAGGAUGCCAUAAGCUCUGGUUAAAAGUAGUGCAUAGGAUGCCAUGAGCUCUGAUUUAAAAGUAGUGUACUAUGUAGGGAAUAGGAUGCCAUGAGCUCUGAUUAAAAGUAGUGUACUAUGUAGGGAAUAGGAUGCCAUGAGCUCUGAUUAAAAGUAGUGUACUAUGUAG